AUGUCAACAUAUAACAUCGAUACCUUAGGCGAUCUCACCGACCGAGUCGUGUACAUCACUGGCGGCGCCUCGGGGAUCGGAAGAGCGACCGCAGAGCUCUGUCUCAAACAAGGCGCCAACGUAGUAAUUGGCGAUCUGAACGCAUUACCAGCCGAUCUGCAGACAUCAGACCAUCUCAAAUACAUCCAAAUCGACGUAUGUUCAUGGGAAAGCCAACGCGACGCCUUCAUCCAAAUCGAAGCCUGGCACGGACAUAUCGACCAUGUAUUCGCCAAUGCAGGUGUCGGCCCAACAACCUCCCUGGUAGAUGAGACACUCGAUGAGAAUGGCCUCUUGACACCACCCAAUCUACGAACCAUCAAUGUCAAUCUCCUCGGUGUGAUUUCCACCCUGCGUUUGGCGUCCUACUAUAUUCAGAAAUACUCUUCUCAUCGCACACCUGGUGAAUUGGGGAGUAUUGUGGUCACUGCUUCUGCGUCGUCGUUCCAGACGUUUGGUGCUGGGGAUUACACGAUCGCGAAACAUGGUGUUCUGGGAAUGCUGCGUGGGAUCGGGACGCGAAUGGAGGGUAAAGUGCGUUUGAAUGCUGUCGCUCCGUCGUGGACGGCGACUGGGAUGGUGCCGGCGGGGUUUAUUGAAUCGCUGGGUGUUGCGGUGCAGCCGCCGCAGGCAGUGGCUCGGAGUGUGGUGCACCUCUUUGGGGACCAGUCAUGCAAUGAUGAAGUGAUUUACAGCUGGGAUGGGAAUUACUUGGAGGUUAACAAGGCGGAUUGCGGGUUGUUACAGGCUGCAAGUGAUUUGCUUCCUAAUACUCUCAAUGAGCAUAGUGUGAUGGUGAAGAUGAGCAUUGCUGCAGCGGCGGGGGAUAUCAAGAUUUAA